AUGAGUUGGAAAGGCCUAACAAAGACCGUCAUUCGGACACCGCAAACCUUCAAGCAAAGGUUCAACCUCGGUGAGAUCACCAAGGACCCUAUCUACAUCGAUGCCGAACGCCGCUUCCAAGAGCUGGAGAAGGAGACGAAGAAGCUUCAUGAGGAGUCAAAGAAGUACUUCGAAGCCAUAAAUGGCAUGCUCACCCACCAGAUGGAGUUCUCCAAAGCCAUUGCCGAAAUCUACAAGCCCAUCUCCGGCCGAAUGUCAGAUCCCGACUCGUUUCACGACGAAGGCAACACCGCAGGUAUAGAAGCAUGCGAACAGUACGAGCUAGUCGUCAGGGAGCUACAAGAGACACUCAAGCCCGAGCUUGAGAUGAUAGAAUCCCGGGUUAUUCGCCCGGCAGACGAGCUGCUAGUCAUCAUCAAGGCCGUACGAAAGAUCGCCGCCAAGCGCGACCACAAGCAACUCGAUUACGACAGGCAUCGCGCUGCCUAUAAGAAGCUCGAAGAGAAGAAGGACAAGACAUUAAAGGACGAGAAAGCCAUGUACAAGGCUGAGAACGACGUGGAGCAGGCUACGCAGGACUACAACUACUUCAACGAUUUGCUAAAGGACGAGCUACCGAAGCUGUUCGCGCUGGAGAGAGAGUUCAUCAAGCCUCUAUUCCAGUCCUUCUACUACAUGCAGCUGAACGUCUUCUACACAUUACACGAGCGCAUGCAACGGCUUGACAUCGGCUACUUCGACCUUACGCUGGACAUUGAGGCCGCCUACCAGAAGAAGCGCGGCGACACACAGGAAGAAGCAGAAAAGAUUUCUAUUGUGAAGUUUAAGACCACUGGCGGAGCUCGUGUUGCUGGUGCGCGCCCGGGUCAGUCGAAAUACGCAGCGAAAGCACUGGAAGCCAAAGCAGGUCGGAGUUCGAUAUCGGAAGAGACGGAAACACCUCCACCGCCAUACUCCGCUGGGCCUUCUGCGGCGGCUACAGGAGACGUCAAGUCUCCAGCGCUAUCAACAGGUUCAUGGGGCUCCGCUGCCAAAGCCAAGGGGGCUCCCCCGCCACCAAAGCCCAAGCCUUCGCGUCUCAGCGGUGUACCAGCGAUGGAGACCGUCACAGCUCUUUACGAUUACGAGGCACAAGCGGAAGGCGAUCUCAGUUUCCUGACUGGCGAUGUAAUAGAAAUCGUCUCAAGGACGCAAAACGACAAUGAAUGGUGGAUUGGAAAAGUACGAGGGAAGCAAGGACAAUUCCCAGGGAACUACGUCAAGUUGAACCAAUAG